UAGUUAUCGACCCAUCGAAUUUGUAGUAAUCUCUUGAAAUAUGAAAUCAGCUGGUUUUGACAUUUGAUUAUUGCUUCGCGUUGAGGUAACGAUGGCCAAGUAUUUGGGACUAGACCGUCUUGGUAAAAUUUUCCAAAUAAUCCGCCAAUCUGGUGGAAUAAAAAAUGCCUAUAUGAAAAUGUACAGGUAUGAUGAUCUAAAAAUUGGUACACUCGUUGGGACAGACAAAUAUGGCAACAGGUAUUAUGAAAACCCUUAUUACUUUUAUGGCCGAAAUCGUUGGGUGGAAUAUGCCGAUCACUUAAAUUUGGAAUAUGACGGUUCACAAAUACCCGCAGAUUGGUAUGGGUGGAUGCAUUACAAGACCGACUUACCGCCAAUACGCGAUGGGAGCCGUCCCAAAUAUAAGUGGAUGGCUGAUCACAGUGAAAAUUUGUCUGGCACUAAAGAACAAUAUAUGCCGUAUUCAACCACACCACCAAAAGUACAGGCAUGGGAUCCGAAAAAAUCUAAAUGAGUUGUUUUUGUAAUUUCAAAAAUGUUUAGUGAAUAUUAAAAAAUACGAAUUAUUGUCAAUUUUCAAAAAUUUGUCAACAAUACAAAAAUCCAUAUUCGAAA